AUGAAAAUAGAUAAAUUAGUUGGACUUAUUGCUAGGUUGUAAUAAACGAAUUUGGAAAUGAGAGUUGAGUUUUUGAGACUUCAACUUAAGAAAAAGGAGAAGUUUGAAGAAUUCAUAGAAGAAUAUUUUGGGAUGUGUAGUCAUUUAUAUUUUUGA